AUGACCGAAGUCGAGCAUGCGCGCGACGGAGGCCAGCCCGACGUCUCGCUUCAAGGCAAUCAGCUCCCAGAGCAAACGCAGUUAUCUACCCCUCCCGGGGAUUUGAACGGAGCAGACUCGAAGAUAUCGAGGAAACGCGAGCGGGAGGUUUCUUUGGAACCGGCGACACCUCUGGUCACAACCGUGGAUGUUGAAGCCGGGAGCGUCCCCGAACGCAAAGAUCAUCGGGUACCUGCGAAGAAGAACAGGACGAGCGCAGGUGCACUCGAAGCGACCGAAGAAGAGACUGAAGAGGAGACCGCUCUAAGCGGCUCACCCCCACAUGAGACGAAGAUCCGACAGAUUAGCCAAGGUGUUGAAGACAUCACAUGGCAGAACAUGAAGAAGGACUCUCCACCCGAGAGCGAGCUCCAGAUGGAGGAAGACACUGCCGUUACCCCGCCCGAUGAGGACGCGACGGUAGAAGAUGCUGUGGAGCCGACCGCAGAGCAGGAAGAGACGCCGGUCGAAGACGUGAAGACGGACGCGCAAGAUGACGUGCAAGUGCCUCCGCUCCUCCAGGGCGAGAAUCCUCCCAUUCUUAACGACAUGGCCGGGGACGAGGAUUCCGGUGCGGCGGCAGGUGCGGAGUUCCCCGCAGGGUCGCAUGUGCCCGGAGCACCCGAACCGUCCACACUGCAAGCAUCCGGCUCUCAAGCUGCUUCGGUUACGCCGACGGAUACCCAGCCGGAGCUGUCUCCGCGUCUCCCACCCCAACGACGAGGCUCGGACUCGGAUCAGGAGAAGGGUCUGAAGCGCAAACUAGGAGAUAGGACUGUGAGCGAACGGCUCCUGCCGGGAGAGAAGGCCCCCAGUCGCAGCGGUACGCCACCCGUAACUGCGACGAAACGUCUUCGGGACGACAACGAAGCGGACCCAAAUACCCGAGAGAAGAAGCGUCCAACUCCCCCACCAGAGGAGGACGAGAAGAAGGAACCAAAGGCGGCAGCGCCCGUUGCGGCACCGUCUGCUCAGAGAUUUGGCGGCUUUAUGGCAUACGCCUCUACGAGCUCCCCGUUCGCAUCCGUGAACGGCCCCAAAGUAUUCGGCUCAAAGCAGUCAUCUCCCUCUCCUUGGGCAGCCUCCGCCACUCAGUCUACGUCCCCCUUCGCAUCCUCCAGCGCUUCGCCCUUCGCCGCAACUGUCAAGGACACCGAUUCGGCAGCGUCUUCCUCUUCCUCUUCCCCGCAGAAGCGCACCGGCUUCGAGGCGUUCGCGUCCGCGACAUCUCCCUUUGCAAGCGCGGCGAAGCGGCCGAAGUCGCCCCCACCGCCCUCGAGCAGCUCCAGCGUCCUUGGACGCAGCCGCUCGCCGUCGCGCCACGGUACCCCCGCCCGAGCGUCGAAUGCGUUCUCGGCGUACGCUACGGGCGGCACGUAUGGCUUCGGUGCUGCGUCGAACAAGCGCAGGUCGGGGUCGAGCACACCCGCGCUAGGUGAGAGCUCAAACACGGGUGCUUUGGCGGAAAGUGCCGCCGAGGACACAGGGAAGGAUGACGACAGCGAGAAGGACAGUGGAGUGAGCUUCGGCGAGCGCUUGCGGGAGGCGAAGGACAAGGAUUCGAACGAGGCGAGCGACGACGAGAAGAAGCUCAACCUCACGGAGCAGGAAGUACACACCGGAGAGGAGGAAGAGGAUACGGUGUACCAAGUCCGCGGGAAGCUGUUUACGCUGAGCCCGCAGAACCAGUGGAAGGAGAAGGGCACGGGCACUCUCCGGCUCAACGUGCGGCGAGAAGAUGGCGGCGGUGCGCGUCUUGUGAUGCGCAAGGAAGCAGUGUACACGGUGCUGCUGAACGCGACGCUCUUCAAGGGCAUGCGGUGCUUCCCGGCGCAAGAUCCGCGAUACAUCCGCUUUAGCGUCAUCAACGGCGCGGCGACCACGCAUUACAACUUGAGGGUUUCGAGUGCGAAAAUCGCCGAAGAGCUCCUCGAGGAGAUUAACGCGCACAUUCCGAACGAGUAA